GAGCAGUCUGCACUCUUGCCUCCUGGGCCUGGGUUUGGGAGGAGGGGAAGAGAGGAAGGGGGCGCCAGGACCGCCCCCCCCCCGCUCCCUGCCCUUCUCCGCGUCUCCCCUCCACUCCUUGGCUACUCUCUGAAAUGGGGCGAAGCCUCGUGGCCCCUGGCAGGGCUCAGCCCCCUGAGACCCCACGGGCCUGGGCACAAGCCAAAGCAAGGAGGAGGAAGGAGGGAAGAAUGGGCCCCGGGCUCCUGUCCCCCAGGGCCCCCCAGGACUCAGUGAAGUUCAAGGAUGUGGCUGUGGACUUCACCUGGGAGGAGUGGGGCUACCUGGACACUUCCCAGAAGGAGCUUUACUGGGAGGUGAUGCUGGAGAACUACAGGAACCUGGUCAGCCUGGGCCUUGUAGAUUCCAGCAUGGAUGUGACCUCUCAGCUGGAGGCAGGGGAAGCACAUUGGAGUCUAAGUGACAGUGUCCUCAACACCUGCAGGCCAGAUUGGGAUGCCAGGCCUCAGACCAAGGAGUCUUCUCCAGGGAUGGGUGUUUCUGUGGAAGACUUAUCCCAGCAAAGGUCCUUGUGGGAUGACCCAUGUAUCUCCAGCAUGGGACAAGCCUUGGAGUAUUAUGACAGAAUGAAGAAAGAUCAGAGCAAUGAGGAGAAACCUUCUAGGCACGGAAAAGUAAUCCAGACAGAAACUGCUGGUGAAAUCAGAGGUUCUGAUUACAGUAAAUAUGGCCAAACCUCUAACCCAGAGCCAGUCCUUUUGCCACAGCAGGGAGUGUCUUUAGUAAUGAAUCUCCAUAAAGGUGCUGAUCACAGAAGGAGCUUCACCAUGGAGUCAGACCAAAGAUAUUGUAAUCAGAUCUAUUCACAGAAGAAAUAUUCUGAGGUUAACAAAUAUCAGAAAGCCUUCUCUUGUGAUUUUGACCUCAUUGACAAACAAACAAUUCCUACUGAAGAGAAACUUCAUGAAAGUGGGAAUUCUUUCCUAAUGGAUAAUGAACUUAAUCUAUACAAGGGAACUGGUCCAGGACAAACGUUUUAUGAAUUGACUCAGUGUGGGAAGACAUUCAGUCAAAAAGCAGAUCUUACUCAACAACAGUCUAGUAUUCAUACUAAGAAGAAAUGUUAUAAGUGCAAUGAAUGUGGAAAGACCUUCCAGCAAAAGGGAGGUCUUACCCAGCACUACAGAAUUCAUACUGGAGAAAAACCUUUUCAGUGCAGUGAAUGUGGAAAGUCCUUCUGCCAGAAGACAGACCUUAUACUACAUUACAGGAUUCACACUGGAGAAAAACCUUUUAAAUGCAGUGACUGUGGGAAAGCCUUUCCACGAAGCGGAACACUGUCUAGACAUCAGAGAACUCAUACUGGAGAGAAACCACAUGUAUGCACUGAAUGUGGGAAGACAUUCCAAUCAAGAUCUGACCUUUCUAAGCACUGGAGAAGUCACACAGGAAUAAAACCUCAUCAAUGCAGUGUAUGUGGGACGGCGUUUGCCCAGACCUCACACCUUAUACGACAUUACAGGAUUCACACCGGAGAGAAACCUUAUAAAUGCAGUGAUUGUGGGAAAGCCUUUUCCUGCAGCACAACACUGAAACGACACCAGAGAAUUCACACUGGAGAAAAACCAUAUGAGUGCAAUGAAUGUGGGAAGGCAUUCAUAUCAAGCUCUAAACUUUCCCAGCACUGGAGAACUCAUAGAGGAAUAAAACCUCAUGAGUGCAGUAUAUGUUGGACAGCAUUCUCUGACAAGACAAACCUUGCAAAACACUACAGAAUUCAUACUGGAGAGAGGCCUUUUAAAUGCAGUGAUUGUGGGAAAGCUUUUAGCAGGAGCACAACCUUGACUCUACAUCAGCGAACACACACUGGAGAGAAACCCUAUGAAUGCAAAGAAUGUGGGAAGACAUUCAGUGAGAGUUCUAAGGUUUCUCGGCACCAGAGAAUUCAUACAGGAAUAAAACCUCAUGAAUGCACAGUAUGUAGAAAGGAAUUCUCUCUAAAGUCACAUCUUACACAACACUAUACUAUUCAUACUGGGGAGAAGCCUUUUAAAUGCAGUGAUUGUGGGAAAGCCUUUAGCAGGAACACACACUUGACUGAGCUGAGCAGAGAAGCCCGUGGGCCUUAGAGAAUAUGGGUUGGGUGGACAGCUGGGGAAAGCCCCAGCUCCCUCCUCCCUGAGGGAAUCUACCCCAGAGAUCCUGGGCUCAUCCAGACCAGCCUCUGGCAUAGCAUGUGUGGAGGUAACUGGGCACACAGCAGGGUAUAUAUGAACACAUACCACUCUCCAAGUGUAUUCACCGCUUAAAGUAAAAUGAAUCUUUAAGAGUGUUGCUUGUUAAGUCUUAUUUGCUUCAAGAUGUAUGCCUCCACAAAUGAGAGACAAAUAACCUUGGAUAUAAUUCUAGAUUUUAAGUAGUCUUUGAAAGUUUCACUCCCAUUUUGUGUAAGGAUUCCAAUAUGCUCAGCAGGAAUUCUACAACGCAAAAAUUCUUGGGCAAGGGUGUUAAGGAUUUACGACUAGAGGUGUAGCUAGGUGGCGCAGUGGAUAGAGCACCAGCCCUGGAGUC